CCCAAAGCCCGCUCUCAAUUUUCCCAUAAAAAAUUUUGAACCCCCGCCCCUUUGUCACCCCCCGCUCUUAGCAAUUCUCUUGUCUCUGUCACUCACCCUCUUAAACCACCUUACUUUUUGAAUCAUUUCACUUGCUCUUCUCUUCGCUGUACCGUUUAUAGGGUUUUGUUUCUUUUCUUUUUUCUUAAUUACUAGAAACCCUAAGGUUUUGGUAUUUCUUGAUUUUCAAUAUUCCAUGGCCAGCGAAACCCUAGAAGAUAAGAAACAAGAAGGGGAGGCAGAGGCUGCUCCCGAGGUGGAAAGCAAGGACAAGGAAGACGGUCAAACGGAAGUAAACGAAACGAAAGAGGAAGAAAGUCAUGAGCUUUCUGAGAAAAAUGAGGUUCCCAAAGAAACUGACGAGCAUGAAGAGAAAGAGGAGGAGCCUAAAGACAAGGAAGAGCCGAAGAAAGGCAAGAGGUCAAGAAAGUCCAGAGUGAAUAAGCGGAUUGAGGAAUCGUCCAAGUUGCAGAAGACGAGUCGAGAUUUGGAUGAAUCAAAGAAAGAAAAAGAGCCAGAACCGGUGACUCCAGGUAGCGAGAGACCCACCAGAGAGAGGAAGAUCGUGGAGAGGUAUUCUGCACCGACUUCUGGAAGGUCGGUAACCAAGUCUGUGUCCAUUGAGAAGGGCCGUGGCACACAGCUUAAGGAUAUUCCAAACGUGGCUUUCAAGCUGUCCAGGAGAAAACCUGAUGACAAUUUACAAAUGCUUCAUACAAUACUUUUUGGGAAGAAAGCAAAGGCGCACGCUCUAAAGAGAAAUAUAGGCCAGUUUUCAGGUUAUGUAUGGGCUGAGAAUGAGGAAAAACAAAAGGCAAAAGUGAAAGAGAAGCUUGACAAAUGUGUUAAAGAAAAACUUGUGGAUUUUUGUGACGUGCUCAAUAUUUCAAUAAAUAAGGCUGCUGUGAAAAAGGAAGAACUCUCUGUGAAGUUAUUGGAAUUCUUGGAAUGUCCACAUGCUACAACUGAUGUCUUGCUUUCUGAGAAGGAACAGAAAGGUAAAAAGCGUAAGGUCACACCAAGUAAAAAUGUUAGUCAUUCUGAAGCAUCUGAUACAUUGGCCAAGAAACGGAAGCAAACGUCCCAGGCAGGGGAAAAACGUAAGCAAUCAUCUAAGGCUGAGGAAGAAGAUGAAGAUGAUGAAAAAGUCGAAUCACCUCAGAUUAAAGCUGAUUCUGAGGAAGACAAUGCUAAUGAUACAGCAUUAGAAGACGAGAGUGAUCACAAGGAGAGUGAAUUUGAGGAAGAGGAUGAACCCAAGGUAAAGAAGCCAAGUCAGAGGAGUUCAUCGAAGAAGAAUGUUAAGGAUGGUUCUGGGGCUAAAAGCAAGGAUAAAUCCACACCUGCUGAAAAGAGCAGCUCAACAAAAUCUGUGAAAAGUGCCACGAAAUCCACAAAGAAAUCUUCUACUUCAACUUCAAAGCAAGGUGCUACAGAUGCUGAUGAAAAUUCUAGAGCAAAGGGAUCUGCAUCCAAAAAGCACAAAGUGGAAAAAGAAAAGGAUACAAGUACUGCUGGCAAGGAAAAGGUUAAAGGAAAAAAGCGAUCGAGCAAGUCACCAGCACAGGUCUCUGCCAAGGAUCAAGGUAAAAGAAAAGCUAACAAGAAGGCUAAAGCUGAACCCACCAGAGAAGAGAUGCAUGCUGUAGUUGUAGAUAUUCUGAAGCAAGUUGACUUCAAUACUGCAACAUUGUCUGAUAUUCUCCGCCAGCUUGGUGCCCACUUUGGUUUAGAUCUAAUGCAUAGGAAAACAGAGGUGAAGGAUAUAAUAACUGAUGUCAUUAAUAACAUGACUGAUGAGGAAGAUGAAGGAGAGGAGGAUGAGGAGAAUGCGGCAGCUGGUGCUGAGGCCGACAAAGACGAAGAUGGGGAUGAUGAUGCUUAAUUAUUUGUGCAUGAUGAGAAACUAUUUAACGACUUUGUUGAAUAUGUCAACCAUGUGUUAUCGCAAUAAUCUCCAAGUAGAGGUUUCAUCAACAGUUCCUGUGAAUGGUAAACUGGUGUUGCUGUCUGGAUCUCAGGGCCAUUUACAGAGGAACCAUUCAACUACCUUUGUUUGUACCAUAAGCAUUAGUAACUCUUAUUUACUGCUGACCUGGCUCUUAUUUGUUAGGAUAGUUUUCCAGCUUCCUUUUUUGAAUCUUUUUUGUUAGAUUAUCUUUCAAUUGUAUUUGAUAGCUAGUUUUACUUGUUGGGUAGUGAAUUGUUUUUCUUCGUUUUAAUCGAGUACAACCUUGUAUUGUGGAUUAGCUAUUUAUUUUAUAAAUGUUGCUGGUUUGCCAACACAGAAUUUGAAAAUCAUGAAGAAUAGUUGUUGAUGCUCA